UACCUGCCUCCCAUAGCGGGGACCCUCAGCCCCUUCUCGUCCUCACCUUCCGCCUUAGGCCAUGCUGGAAGCCAGCCACUUCCCGGAUGGCCCCCAUCACCCUGGGAAACAUCUGAUCUGGAUCAGAACACAUUUCAGCCUUUCUGUGCGCCCAGAGGGAUGGCGGAAGACAGCUGGUCUUCAAACCCAGCCACAUCCUCAGCAGCUUUCUUUGGAACCCCAGACCACCGAACACCCAAGAUUUCAAGACACAUUCCUGAGCCAAGUGUCCCUAAUUGAGCCCACCCUGGACUUCAAUCUAAACCAGACAGGGAGUCAGCAGCUCUUUGAAGAGGACAUCUUUAAGGGAUUUAUUGUGGACGAAUCUGAAACUGAUGCUUUUCAUUUCGGGAGUGAAAAAACAAAGAUAUAUCUCAAGGAUGAAGCAUCAGUUCAAGCUUCAACCCCACAAACUGUCCCUGAGCCACAGGCCUUUGAGGUGCAGCUGCCCAAUUGGAGCAUGAACGUUCCAGCAUGCCCGGAAUACCCAAUGAGCGGUUGGGGUUCUUCGCCAACUUCCUCUUUCAAAAGGGGUCACCUGAGUUCAAGCUCCAGUGAUAGUGAAGAAUGUUGUCAUCCGUUGGGAUUUUCUCCGAUGCAAGCCCUAGCCAACAGGCCGGAGUUUUGUGCAUGCCAGAAAGCACCCAGUGAAAGGACAGAUGCAGAAACUCAAACCAUCCACGGGUCCACUUUGAAGACAUGCGACGUCGCCACCCAGUGCACCCUGGUCUCAGACCCCUCUCCACCUGUUGAUGUGUCACUACAGCAGGAAGCCACUGGAGGGCACACUGGCUGCACAGAAGCUCCUGUCGAGGGAAGAGCAAAGAGUGGAAGGAGGCCAGCCCUGUGGAGAAAGAAGAAAUUCAACUCCUUAAGCAUUUUGAAUCUGACUCUUCGGCGUAAAAGCAGAAUGAGCUCACAGAUACUCCAGAACAUUUUGAGAAAAGUCAGCAAAGGAGGCUCGUGCCACAGCCCCCUGAUGGAGCGAGGCUGGACAACGCCACCGCCACCAUGGCGGGGGGGCAACUCUCCAGGAAAUAGCUGACAUUUUGCUCCUGCUGAAGCAAAGAAAGGAUAAGGAAUGAUAAGGAGGGGAAACAUACCUGUUCUGUGCAUGUUCAACGCUUUGUGGUAACCUCCCGCUGUCAUAGCAACACUGAAAUGAAACCCCAACGCAUUACUGAUUCACUGCUUUAUUUCUUUCCCCCAAUACGCACACAAUCAAAGAUAUUCUUUGAAAUAGAAUAUAAACUCUAGCAAAACAUUUGACAGCUUAGACAAUUACAUAUGCUAUACAUCACUCUAUCUGUCUUUCUCGACCUGGUCGAAAAGUGUAGGAAUGCACGAGGAACACCCCGGCACACAUAACUGUUCGGUGAGUGCACAGCGUUAACACGACUGCUAAAAGGCUAACACGACACACCGUGACAAAGUGCAGCCUGAAACAAUCACCGCAAAUAUUUGGUCACCAAUUGCACAGCCUGGAAAUGGAACUUGAACCUGCUGAAGUACAAAAUAGUCUUUUUUUUUUUUUUUAAACCACCUAACACAUUUGGAAGGGAAUGUCACUCCCCACGAUAAACAAAGUACAAGUAAUGACAGAAUUUGCGUAACUGAAUGACAAGGGAGAAUAUGUUUCGCAUAUUUAUAAGUUGUUCCCACUCUUUGAUAUACAGUCGCUGGAAUCGUUUUUUGACACAUCUCACUAUGAUCCAGUUGUUCAUUACUGCAAACUAAUAAAUCUGUUGAU